CAAGGUCAGGGAUUUUGCCGCGGUGCGAGAGAAGAAGACGUUGUUGCAAAAGAAUUGAGGUAUUCAAUCGUAAUAAACAAUUUUCACUUUACAAGUUCAAAGACGUCCCACAGUGAUUUUGGAUGGGAAAUUGUCGGUUGGUAUAUUUCUCAAACUCUUCAUGGAAUUAAGUUGGUUGAGUCUCCCAAGUUCAGUUCCGUUAUCUUAACUCAUGAACAAUAUGUGACCAUUUAUCCUGUUUGUCACAUGACCAAUUCACAUUCUCAAGGGCCAACCAGAAUGCUGCAAAUAGAACCUAUUGACCAAUCUACCUGUAAUUGGAUGCUAUAGUAAUUUUUAGCUGAACUUGGAACCAUCAACUUUCCGCUGGUUUUAUGACAUUACCUCAGACAUUUUAAUGGUCAGGAAUAAAAGAAAAACUAUUGUUCCACUUACCAUUGAUAAGAUAUUUUCUUUUUUUUGAACUUUUCUGGAAUAUUAAUUUUGAUUGAACAAUGAUGAAGUUGGAUUUAUUAGGCAGAUGGAAGUGGGUCUGUUUUUGGAGUAUAUCUUUGUAUAUUACUUUUGUACCAGAAUGUGAAGCUGAUGUUCAACCCUGUUACAUAGGAUCACUGUCACUGCUUCAAGGGUCAUGGGUCGCAGCUUAUGAUGACCUUGCAUCACAUAUCUCAGGUUGUACUGUUGCAUACAAUUCGUCUACCUCAGUUGUGGCGUAUGUGUUAAGUUUGACAUCGGCAGGACUUGCUAAGCCGAACUUGGAGAAGCAACCAGUGGUCUUGAACAUUGAACAGACCCCCUUUGCUAUGUUGCAGUCAUCGGCAAAAAUUGUAUUUGUGCUUAGCUCAUCUGAUCCAGUUUCUUGGGAUAUCCGAAUGACAACACUUUUUAAACUACCAAGUUUUCUUGUAUUUGUUUCGAGACCAAAUACUGUAAACCCGCUUGCUAAUAUAGAUGUGUCAGUGGAGGAAAACUUACCUACCAGUCGAGAUGGUCUCAUAGAAUGGGUCGGCAACAAGUACCAGAAAGCAACUUUUGCAGAGGUUAGCUAUGCUAACUACAUCAGUGUCUCGCUUAACCAAGAAACUCAUGUUAAUAGAACAUGUGUAGUGUCAGAUGAUUGGAAGCAGAAUGGAAUAUCAGCCAAGUUCAUAAACGAAAAGCCAAUUCAGGGAUGUAAACUACCACUGAACAGUCGCGAAUUGAAUCCAGAAAUAUAUGUGAUUGAACACAAGCGAGUUGAACAGGGUGUUUUCAAGCAAACUGUCACUUUGAACCUGAGAACUGUUAAGGACGACACUCGCUUACAUAACAUUAUGCUGCUGUUGAAGUCUAGCAGUCAUGUAUUAUGGGAUGUCCAUGGCACUUCUGGCAUUGGCAGUCUUAAAAUUCAGAGUAAUGGUAAAGUUAGUUCACAAGACUAUGUGUUUGAGAGUGUUACACCAAGCCCGGAAUUUGAGAAUGAAUCUGGUCAAGAUCUAGUGGAGUACCUGGAGCGCCAGUAUAGAGGUGUGGUUCAGUACCUCUCAGUUGAUACAGCAAACAGAAUUGAAGUCACUCUGGAAGCUCCAGGGGUUCCAAUGCCCCCAAAUAUUCUAAUUCAAGAUUCAUCACUGGUACUUCAAGGUGACAACUUGCUGAAACACAUCAUUCACACGCAGUGUUACAACCAGAGCAUGGUUGUAGCCAUCUCACUGACCACGCUCAGAAAGUAUAACAUGCGGCCAAAAGAUAUUAGCCUGCGUGAUCGAGGCUGCAACGCUACAGUGAAUGAGACGCACAUGGUCUUCACAUCAAAGUUAGGACAGUGUGGAAUGGAGUUGAAAAGUUCUAUUAAACAGUUUGUUUAUGUUAAUGAGGUCCUUUUUAACCCUGGCGCAAUUGAAAAUGGCAGCAGUUUAACUGAUGAAGAUGGCGGCUCAGGUCUGCUCCCUGAUGACGAGGAUGCUAGCAAUCAACGACGUCCCUCUGUGUCAGAAGUACAUUGCAGCUAUACUAUCAUCUCCAGCACACUUGGCCACGAGUUUGAGGAGCAAGAGGACAUCCCGGUCACUUACAAGAUCUGCACUGGACCUAAGUGUCCUCCACUACAGUUUAGUGUGUCGACCAUAUAUAACGAUCCUAAUAUAUUAGCCACAGUGUGGAGCUGCAGUGUGACGUCGGUCAAUGGGGCCAUAGUGGACAAUGUCAUUAUUAAGAAUGGGUGCACUGACUUGGACAGCGUGAUCUUAACAAGGAAUGUCAAUGAGUCGAUGAGGAUUAAUUCAUUACCAUUUGAAUCCAAAGCACCUUAUGAACUCACAUGUGAGGUUGCUAUCUGUAGUCCUCACAAGAAACAGAAAUAUCCUCAGUGUCCUGACAGAAAGACAGACUUGCCAUGUGCGCUGCGAGAUCCGAUUGAAAGUAAAUUUCAUACCACAUACAAGAUUCACUUUGAGCCGAAAAUCAUUCCUGAAACAAUAAAAUCACCUAACUCAGAAUCAAAUGUUGGAUCAAACAUUGAAACGGUUACUACCGAGGCACCAAAGACAACUGAGAUAAUUGGUCUGAACACCAAACAAGUUGUUGGCAUUGCAUUUGCUGCAUUUCUUAUGGGUAUAUUCUUUGUAACUGCUAUUUGGUGUAUCCAUGUACAUACAGCAAUUCCAAGAAGAAAUCAAGAGGAGACAUCAGCAAGCCAACCACCUCCAUAUCAACCAACUUCAAAUGGAUAUGCAGGCUACCGACAAGUACCGAACGGUUGUACUAGUAACGGUUACGCCGGCAACAACGGACACACAUUAAAUGGAUUUGGACCAACAAUUAAUCCGAACGGAAUCCCAAUGAACGGAAUGAUGAAUAGUGCCGAUUUAGCUAUGGUUUGAUUCGAUCAUGUGAGUAGUGGGAGGUGAUGUGUACUGAAAUAGCAGGACAUGGGUAAGCCCCUUAGGGCUUACUUCGGGUAAAUAUAUAUGCCAGCCAAGUGAACAGGCAAGAUUUUACUCUCAGGAACAAUGUCCAUUAUUAAACUUUCCCAAUGAAUACCAGCAGGAGAGCUACCGAAGACAAAACAGUAGCCGAGGAAAAAGUAGAUUAUAAGACCUGUAAUGAAGGCUUGGAAAAAAAACUCUAUCUAUUUCACCAAUUAUACUCAGUUCGUUUGACUUUUGUUUUUUAUUUCAACAAAAGAAAUUGAGUGUUUUUUGUGUAUUUUAUUUUAUGCAUGAGAUUUGUUCAUGGUGUUGUUCUGCACCAAAUUGCGUUCUACGAGCACCAUAAACAGAGAUGUAUAUCUACUGUAAUACUUAAAAUCUUGAAUACAAUGUUGAUGAUGAGCACAAAUUUUCUGUAACUCAAAUUAUAGGACACCGUUUAUGUAAGUAUGUGCUCUGUUCCGUUUUUGACAAGUGUUAUUUAAACACCCUAAUAUGACUUCAAAAACUAGGCUUCUAAAGCUGUACAUAAGCUAUCAGAGUUUUGUCUGUCAGACAGAGAUGUGUGUGAUCAGACAAUUGGAUAGGAUAUUCUUGUUUUAUGCACUAUACAUACAAUCAGGUUUUAUGUGAAAAAUACCUGUGAUUUUUUGAAAAAUGGUAAUGGCUGUAAUCCUACCUGAUAGUGCAUAAUACUUGGUGUCUCUGUGAUUUUAACCAUUGUCCAAUGGAAAUAUAUAACAGAUACAGAGUAGAAGAGACAAGUAAAGAAAUAAACAAUAACAAUAUGAUAUGACAUCAACCUGCCACAGGAAAAAUCACAUAUGAGGCAUGCCAUCCUCCAAACCAGCAUACAGUACUGUUGCUAAAUAUUAAACUGAGAAAUUAGCAUAAGAAUGUGGCAGAUACUGUAGUACAGAUAAGUCAUAAUACUUUGACUCAUAACUUUGGCAAUAUUAAAUCAAUUCCAGUAAGUGACCCAUCAUUUUAAAGCUUACAAUGUUGAGAAUAAGGAUAUAUUACAAAGUCAAUUUUCAUUUGUUGGUCGGUGGUGCUGGUUUUGGGAUGAAAAGCCUCAUUAUAUUUGUCACAUACGAAAUGUGACUGGACAGGCUUUUAGACAUAAUAUGUGAUAAACUAAUCAUGAAAGUGGAACUUUUACAUUGUUUUAAAUCAAAUGAUUUGAGCUUAUACAAAUCAUAAGUUUGAUGCUUUUCUUCACCAAACGUCUCAUCAGGCAUGCAUUGUUGACAAAGAGCUAAUAGUGAUUGCUGGCAUAAAAAAAAUUAAUAUAACUAUAUUGAAACAUAUACAGUAAUUAUUCAGGACAGGCAUUGGUAACAAGGUGUUGCAAGUCCAGACUUUAACAAUAACUAAUAACUAUUUAAUGAAGGCAAGAGAAAAUUUUACGGGUAGUAUUAUUAAGGAAUGCUAAAUUUAAUUGUCUCAACGAUAGCACAUAAUUUAAUGUAAAUAUAGUACAAAAAUGUCAUUUGAUAGAGGAUAUAAAUCGGCAAGUUUGUGAUGGAUUUUUAAGAAUAUUUUUACUGCUUCAAAGCUAUCUGUCAUUAUCUUCACCUUAGAUGUGUUUUAAGUGUCUGCACUGUGUCAAAACACUAACUAUUAAUAGUUGUUAGUCUUGAUCAACUCGGAGAAAUAAUAUAAUAGAUAAUCAUUUUAACAGCAGUUUUAAGGCAGUAUAUAUUUAGCUACAAGUACACCUAUUCAUUUAUUCAUCAUUUUUGUGACAGACAGUGGGGUCGCAAAUUUGAGUUACAGCCGGUAUAUACACUUUGUAUUUUAAAGGUGAAAAUAAGAGAUUUUUUUUAAAGCUAUUCUCAAACUUAAUAUGCUAAUUAUGUCUAACUAAUACUGUACCUCUAUUUUAUUCAGGAUAAUUGGUUGAAACAAAUUAGUUCCAGUUCUCCAUGUUUCUCUACAAAUUCACUAUUUUGAGAAAAAUAACAAAUAUUUAUCUUGGAUGAAAUGGUGGCAGAAGACAGAAAUAAAUUUAAGAAAAUGGAAAAAGAAAAAAAAAAACUGUAAUGACCCUGUUUUAAAAUGUUUAUGCUGCUGUCAAUUGAAUUAUUCACUGUCUAAUGGUAGUAUAGGUGGUGUUGUGUUUUAUAAAAAAAAAAAAAGAUUAGCACAAAAAAAAAAUUGAUGUAUGUAGAAUGGUAAUAUGAUAUGAUAUUGGGAAAUUGUAACAGAAGGAACAGAAAUUGAAAAUAUGUUUCUAAUUGUAGCUUAGAGCAAGUUGUUAAUCAUAAAUACUGUGUUGUUUAAAUUCCUCAGGGUAAACUGGAAUCUGGAAGCCUUUUUGAAUAGGAUAUAAAAACAAUAUAGCAGUAGGAAUUCUUUAAAAAGUUUUCCGGUUUCUACCUCAUAUCUAUUUCAUAUAUGUUCAUAUAUACGUUAUAGCAGGAGAAUAGCAAAUGAGUGCUGUACAGUUUGUAUAUGAAAAUAUAAGUAGGCCUAUAUAAACUGUGUUUAGUUGUGUACAGAAUUUAUCGAUUUAACUAAGUGGUUUAAUAACAGUAUUCUAAACUGUCUUAUACUAAUUCCCAAUUACAACUAUGGUAACCAUGGUAUUCCUGUCUGAUUUUCACAAUUUAUCAAUUUUAUCCACAAAUAAUAUGUACAAUAUUCCAUGGUUUGUUCAUUUUAAAUG